ACGUCCUAUCAAAGCUCGCCCAGCAGAACGGCGUCUGCCCCUUCCCGGGAAACGGCACCACGCCCAAGGUUAAGGCCAAGCGGUGCUGGGACAAGCUCCGGGGAAUCGUUACCAUGGGGAAACUCACCAACGUGUUCCAGCCGAGCUACCCAGACGAGCUGUGGGUGGACCCGCGGACCUUCUGUAACAUCCUGCCCUUCCAUAUCAUCUUCGACCAGCAGCUGCGAAUCAAGCAGUCAGGCAUCAAUAUCCAGCGCAUUGUGCCGGGCAUCCAAACCAUCAACAUCAAGGUCAACGACUACUUCGAGCUCAUCCACCCCGAGAUUCCCCUCAGCUUCGAGGAGAUCAAGAAGUUCAUCAACAGUCAGUUUAUUCUGGAAGCCAAACGUAUGAUGAUGCCCGCCGCGUGGGGAGGGCGGCCAACGUUACAGCUAAGAGGCCAGAUGAUCUGGAUGCCCAGCAUACAGUGUAUGAUCUACAUGUGUUCCCCCAAGCUGACCAGCCUGAAGGAGCUGGAGGAGAGGCACAUGUACAUGUCUGAGAUCGCGCUGCAUGACGUCACGCGAGAUCUCAUCUUGCUGAAUCAGCAGCGCCUGGCUGAGAUCGAGCUGGCAAAACAGCUAGAGGAGAAGAAGGAAGAGUUGCGGAUGAUGUCGGAGGCUCUGCAGGAGGAACAGAAGCGCACGGAUAUGCUGCUGUACUCCAUGUUACCCCGCCAGGUCGCCAACAAGCUGAGGGAGGGGCGGAAAGUAGAAGCAGGUGAGUACGACGAGGUGACGAUCCUGUUCAGUGACAUCGUGACGUUCACGAACAUCUGUGCCAUGUGUAAGCCCAUCCAGAUCGUCCAGCUGCUGAACGAGAUGUACCUCAGGUUCGACAGGCUCACCACUGUACAUGAUGUGUAUAAGGUUGAGACGAUAGGAGACGCCUACAUGGUUGUGGGUGGACUUCCGGUUCCGGUGAAGUCGCAUGCGGAGAGAGUGGCGAACAUGGGGCUGGGCAUGCAGAUGGCGGCCGGGCACGUCAAGUCACCUGUCACCGGCAAACCUAUCCAGAUCCGUGUGGGUAUCCAUACGGGACCUGUAGUGGCGGGAGUGGUGGGGGAGAAAAUGCCGAGGUACUGUCUGUUCGGCGACACCGUCAACACGGCCUCCCGGAUGGAGAGUCACGGAGUGCCGGGGAAGGUCCAUAUCAGUCCCGCUACGUACAAAGCGUUGCGCGGGAAAAGCUUCAUCAUCAAAGAGCGCGGUGAGAUCAAUGUGAAGGGGAAGGGUCCGAUGUACACGUAUUACGUCAUCGCUAACGGUGAGGCCACGGAGGACAUGUUGAUGGGCCGCCCCCAGCGGAGUAGGAGGUCCUCCCGCAGUAUCACCCCCUCACCGGCCAGGACGGAGGGGGCAAGGGAGGACAAGGGGGGAGAAAACCACAAAUCACCGGCAUCAGGGAAAGGCAAAGAUGACGAGCCAGAAUCUGACAUGGUGGUGAUGGUGUAUGAGGACAGCCAUGAAGUAUCCGGACAACAAGUCAACCCGCCCGGUAGCACAAAAACAUGCAACGGUGUAAACAAAGGGAAGAAAUCGACCGAAGCGGACAGCAAGUCGAAGCCGGGAACCGGUACCCUACCCCCGGACGACGACCCCGUGACCCUCCCGGCGGACCCCAGGCCACCAAAAGCCAAACCUAAGAACAAACGCAAGAAAGAGAAGACACAGUCCAAGCUGUGUGUCCUCUUGUAACAGAACAAAAAGAACAAACUAUGUCAAGUGAAAGAGUUGAUCCGCCACAUAUUCGACCAGAUCUUCUUCAUGAUCUGAUUACUCGGUGCUCCGAACACGUGACCUUCUAGGAGUGUGACGUGUACAACGGGUCAAAGGUGGUUGAAAGUCGGUAUCGUCCCGGUCCAAUGAAAGUCACCCGGUCUAGUUAGGGAUAGCUUCUUUUACUCCCCUCACCAAGUAGUCAAUUAACUCUCAAAAUACUCGACAAAGCGAAUUAUUUUCUCAUUUGCUGAUAUUAUCUAUAAUUGAACAUUAUUCCGCUGUUUCAAAAAUAGUAAGCAUUUUCAGCACCUACUCCGCAUGACAUCCAACUGUACACUAUGUACUUGUAAAUUCUAGCCACCCUUUGGUGUAAUAUUUGUAAAAUGUGGGACCUAAAUUCAGAUGCAAAACUUCUACUUGUAAAGUGACAUACUGUUGAUAUAUAUAACGUAUUUGCACUAUCGUCUGGACGAGUAUAAGUUAAUUGCAAAGAGAAGUAAGUUCUUCCACUACCAGUUAAUAAUAGAUAUUCGAUGUAGAAAGUACCAUAUUUUGUAUGUUUUGUGUUUGAGAUAACGUUUUAAAACAUUGUAAAUAGGACCAUUUUAUUACUGUCAUGCUCCUUCAAUGCAUAUAUAUAUGAAUCUUCGUCUGAAUUACAUUGUACAUGUUAAGUUUUUGAUUUUGAUUUGCGUGUGUUCAACUGAAUAGGUUACAAAUUCCCGAGAACACGGGAUGGCAAGACGGUGAGAUUUUCUACCAUUAUAUUUAUUCUCUAAACGAAUAUGCGGUAAUUCCAUUAUUUUAUACCAUGUAACUAUCUCAUCUUGUUUCCAAGGUUGACAUGAUGUUGGUUGCAUUUGCUUUUGCUGUAUGAUAUUGUAAGGCAUUCCACUUCUUUCUUAUUUUUCAGUUGGACUUUUGUUUGUAUAGCUCUUUGUAUAUCUGUUCAAUUAAUCAAUUCACUAAGACCCUAAUAAGGCUAACGUCACAUUUCCAAACCGGGGCCCGGCCGGGCAGCUUUCGGGAGCAAAAAUAAUAAUAUGAAAUGCAUCAAGAUACACAAAAUGUCAACUUAAGAUUCAUGGGCAUGAUUUGUGUAUAUUUCUAGGUAUACAUUGUAAUUUU